UGGUUGGCCUAGAACGUUCUUUCUGUCGACGGCAACGCAGUAGCAAAGAUUAAUAUUUUGCUGCCUGUUAUUUAGUGUUUUUUUUUUUCUUUAUAAUUGUUUUUUUAAAUUUCAAUGGAUUCUAUUGAAUAUAAUUACGCAAUGGAAGAUUCGAAACAAAUAUUUACCACCGCUACGGACACAAAAGCUACAGUAACCGCUGAAAUUUUCACUCCUAGUGAUAAUAGGACUGCGCAGAGUGGCCAAGAGAGCGUAUUUUCACCUUUGGCUUCAUCAUUUCAAACUCGUGGCGGAAAUGAACUACUAAACAUUUUAGCUCAACAGGAGCCGCGGGCUGCUGAUACAGCGCCCUCUGCUGCUGAAAUUGAUGAGGUUUUUAUGAAUUACCGUAUAAACGGCAAUGAUAUGUUAUUUGAUGAGAACGCAAACUACUUUACGGGUACCAGCAGGCCAGAGUCUAUGGGGUCUGCGCAAACUAACACGUGGAUGGACAAUUCCACAAUGGGAGCUUCUAGGAAUGGGGAGAUUAUUGAUACAUUUGAUUUUCUGAUGAAAAGUCUAUCAUCAGCUAACAAUUAUGUUUCAAUGUUGACCCGUGAACAACUCGCUGUGCUACGCUCGAUACGCCCAGCCCUUCUAUACGAGUUUUUACAAGAAGUGGCCAAAGUGCGCAGUGAUAAGCGGAUGAGACGUGCAUUGCCUAACGAAUGCGCAUUUUGCAAAAAUAAUGGCGAGAAUGAAGAAUGCUACUCGUCGCAUGCGCUGAAGGAUUGGCGUGGUCGCGUGCUGUGCCCCGUAUUACGUGCUUUUCGCUGCCCGCGGUGUGGCGCCACCGGCGACCGCGCGCACACCAUCAAAUACUGUCCCGAGAAUAUGGACACUGCUUCGGACCGCUCUAUGGGAAGUCUGUCGUCACGAAGACGCAUACCACCAUCUCUGCUCCUGGGCUCCCCAGCAGUUGGCCACAUGGCGGAACUGGCGCGCAACGCCUCAUCCAAUCUCACUGCAUCCUCGCCUUCGCCAUCCGUCGCCUCAGCUUCGUUUUCCCACUCCGCUCUGUGGUCAUCCUUCGGAAUUAACUAAACUAUAUUUAAAGUUGAACGUCUAAAGUAGUCUACAAGCAGAUGACAUGUUUUGACACACUAUUGGAUAUAGGAUAGAUUCCUUCCAUAUGAAAGAUAGAUUCAUUCCAUAUGAAAGGCAUAUUGGUCAGUAGAGUUCAUGACAUAAGCUAUAUUGGCUAUAUUGUUUGUAGACAUCUAUGUACUUAAGAUUUUGAUGUGC